ACGAAUAAGCUUUUUGGGAUGUCUAUAAUAUAAAGAACCUUCGCCCACUCAAACAUCACGUUUCGUACUCACCUCACCCAAAAAAUGUGCCCAACCCCAUCGCCGCUCCUCCCCCUUCUCCUCCUCCUCCUCGCCGUGGCUCCGGCCUCGGCAUGGCGUCCGUGGCCGCCGCGCAACAACAAAAUGAACACCACCGAUUACGCCUUCGGAGACUCCAAGAAAUACGAGGGUUCCUCGGAGUUCGUGAAGCUGAGGUACCACAUGGGACCGGUUCUCACCAGCAACAUCACCGUCCACACCAUCUGGUACGGAAAAUGGGAGAAAAGGCAGAAGAAGAUCAUCCGCGAGUUCAUCAACUCAAUCUCGGCAACGGCGGCGCCGCACCCAUCGGUGGCCGGGUGGUGGCGCACCGUGGAGCUGUACACGGACCAGACCGGAUCCAACAUUUCGAAAACGGUCCGGCUGGGGGAGGAGAAAAACGACCGGUUGUACUCGCACGGGAAAUCCCUGAGCCGUCUCUGGAUCCAGUCGGUAAUAAAGAGCGCCAUCACAGCGAAAACGAGGCCCUUGCCGAUUAACCCUCGGAGCGGGUUAUAUCUUGUGCUGACAGCCGAUGACGUGUACGUGCAGGACUUCUGCACGUCGGUGUGUGGGUUCCACUACUUCACGUUUCCCUCGCUGGUGGGUUACACGCUCCCCUACGCCUGGGUGGGUAACUCCGCCAGGUUCUGCCCCGGGCAGUGCGCCUACCCCUUCGCCGUCCCCCCCUACAUCCCCAACCGAAAGCCCUUCAAGUCCCCUAACUCCGACGUUGGAGUCGACGGCAUGAUCAGCGUCAUUGGCCACGAGAUGGCUGAGCUUGCCACCAACCCCCUCGCCAACGCUUGGUACGCCGGCCAGGACCCCUCUUUCCCCGUCGAGAUUGCCGAUCUCUGCGAGGGCAUUUACGGCACCGGCGGCGGUGGCUCCUACACCGGCCAGGUCCUCGACGCUCGAGAUGGCGCCACGUAUAACAUGAAUGGCAUCCGACGGCGCUUCCUCGUUCAGUGGGUGUGGAGCCACGUUCUCAAUUACUGUACUGGACCUAAUGCUCUUGAUCACUGAUCACUUAUCACUCUCUGCACCCUAUUUUUCUUUUUCUUUUUCUUUUUCUUUUUCUUUUUGGUACCUUUCCUUUGGGCUUGUGGCUUUUCUGGUAAUUUUGUUAAGCUAGUAGUUAAGUUUGUCCAUUUAUGCAAAUAAUGUAAUUUAUUGUUACUUCAUAUCAUAUAUCUUAUAUCAUAUAUCUUAUAUCAUAUGGAAGGGGAAUCUUGAAUCA